AUGGGAAUAAAUCAACUUCCUAAAAUGCGCUUAUAUUGGUCAAAAGAUCCAAUGUUCAGAAGUGAACUUAUUUGUAAAAACAUUAGACGCGACAGGUUUGACUUAUUGCUCAAAUUCAUUCAUUUCUCCGACAACGAGCAAAAUAUAGGAAUCCCAGAUAGAUUGGCAAAGAUAAAAGAGGUGUUGGAUCGGAUACAGAAAAACUUUCGGGCCACUUUCACACCACCACAAAUAGUGGUUAUUGACGCAACCAUGGUACCAUGGAGAGGUAGACUGGUUUUUCGCCAAUACCAGCCGGCCAAAACGCACAAAUAUGGCAUCAAGAUGUACAAACUUUGCACAACCGACGCGUAUACUUUCAAUUUCGAAAUCUACUGUGGUAAAAAUGAAGACAUAACUCGACAUGAUUGA